AUGCCUUUAUCGGAUUCGGAGCCAGAGUCCUCCGCGGAGUCCGAUAUCGGCCGCCUCUCUCCUCCUGCUCCGGUCGACCGGAACACGGACCCGGGGUGACCGCAGGGUUCUCGAUCUCCGGCGGGGAUCGCGGGGCAGUGAGUAGAAGGGUUUGGCCUGUUGGGAAGGUGAAGGAGGGAGGAGAUAUGGAGCUCAAGUGGGGGAGCGGACGGCUGUGGGCGGCGGCGCUGGUCGCGCUCGCGGCGGUUGCGGUGGUGGCGGCGGAUCGUGGGCUGAGGCCAGAGGCGGCGGGAGCUGAGGCCGUCGAGACGGAAGAGGUCGGGGUGUCGGAUUACGUGCUCAAGGUGGUCAAUUUCCUGUGGCGGCCCGAUGAGUCUUCCUACCAACACGUUUGGCCGUCUAUGAAAUUUGGGUGGGAAAUCGUCGUCGGAACGAUCAUUGGGUUCUUGGGAUCGGCGUUCGGAAGCGUCGGAGGCGUCGGCGGGGGUGGGAUUUAUGUUCCUAUGCUCACCCUCAUCAUUGGAUUCGACGCCAAGUCUUCCACUGCCAUAUCAAAAUGUAUGAUCAUGGGCGCGGCGGGAUCGACAGUUUGGUACAACCUUAAGCUCAGGCAUCCAACUCUGGAUAUGCCCAUCAUCGAUUACGAUCUAGCGUUGCUUUUCCAACCGAUGCUCAUGCUGGGGAUCAGUAUUGGAGUCGCGUUCAAUGUCAUCUUUGCUGAUUGGAUGGUCACAGUUCUUCUAAUCAUCCUCUUCAUAGGUACAUCAACUAAGGCAUUCUUGAAGGGUGUAGAGACAUGGAAGAAGGAGACGAUAAUGAAGAAGGAAGCAGCGAUGCUUAAGGAGUCAAACGGUACGCUGAUUAAUUAUCUGUUGAAGUAUACAAAGUUUAUCGGAACUAAUUGCUCAUCAAUGUCAUGUCAUGCAGGAAGGGAUGAAAUAGAAUACAAAGCUCUGCCAUCUGGUCCUGGGGGUGCAUCAAAGAAGGCUCUACGAAAAGAGGCCCCAAUCACCGAAAAUGUCUGCUGGAAGGAGCUUGGUCUUCUUUCUUUUGUGUGGAUCUCAUUCCUUAUCCUACAGGUUUUGAAGCAAAACUACACAUCGACAUGUUCCCUAUGGUAUUGGAUUCUGAACUUGCUUCAGGUCCCUGUAUCUUUGGGAGUAUCAGGUUAUGAAGCUGUUAGUUUAUACAGAGGAAAGAGAAUUAUCUCAUCAAAGGGACUGGAAGGGACAGACUUUACAGUCAUUCAACUUGUUUUCUACUGCCUCAUCGGUGUCCUCGCUGGUGUAGUUGGAGGCCUCCUUGGCCUUGGAGGAGGGUUUAUUUUGGGCCCUGUCUUCUUGGAGCUUGGUGUUCCACCGCAGGUCUCGAGUGCUACAGCAACUUUCGCGAUGACAUUUUCUUCGUCCAUGUCUGUUGUAGAAUACUACCUCCUGAAGCGUUUUCCCAUCCCUUACGCAUUGUAUUUUGUGUCUGUGGCAUUGGUGGCUGCCUUUGUCGGCCAGCAUUUGGUUAAGAGGCUGAUCGAAAUACUGGGUAGAGCUUCUCUGAUCAUCUUCAUCCUUGCCUCGACAAUUUUUAUUAGUGCAAUCUCAUUGGGUGGAGUUGGCAUUUCAAACAUGGUUCAAAAGAUCCAGCAUCACGAGUACAUGGGGUUUGAGAAUCUCUGCAAGUAUGAAGCAUAGCAUCAAGAUCUUACGUCCAAAUACUUAGUUGGUUAAUCGGGGGGCAGAAGAGAUUACCCUGCAGUGCUCUUCCACCAAUUUAUCGAUGCUUGCAUUCAAUAAAGCUCUUGAAAAUACACUAUUUUGUAGCAUGUUUUCGGAUGUCCUCUUCAGUAAGAUGUUGAGCAACAGUCACCAAUUCGAAGAUGUCUUUUGUGCUGUAACAAAGUAGCCAUAGGAUGGUGAUCUGCAAAAUUUAUUCUUAAUCCCAUUUUUGCAUGUGAUUAGAUUCUCAACUCACAUCUGUUGUUGUCAUUUUCUUUGGAAUCUGAUCAUCUAUUUACACCA